AGUGAGUAUUAUCUUCCAAAUCCAAGGUGGUCAUUAAUACAGCCAAGAACAUGCGGCCAUGUUUGCCUUCUAGAACACCACUGAAUACAAAUUACAACACGACUCUUCACCGAGCGAACACGAACUCUUCACUCUCUCUCUCUUCACGAAAGUGUAAAUGUGGAAGCUUAAGAUCGCAGAGGGAGGGAGUCCAUGGCUUCGGUCUUUGAACAAUCACGUUGGCAGACAAGUUUGGGAGUUCGAUCCGAAAAUCGGAUCGCCCGAAGAGAUCAUGGAGAUCGAAAAGGCCCGUGAAACCUUUCGCAACAAUCGCUUUGAUAAGAAGCACAGUUCAGAUCUGUUAAUGCGCAUUCAGUUUGCCAGAGAGAAUUCAAAUAAUGUGAUAUUACCACAAGUCAAAGUAAAAGAUUCGGAAGAAAUUACAGAGGAUAAAGUAACAAACACGUUAAAAAGAGGUAUCAGUUUUUAUUCAACUAUCCAAGCACACGAUGGACAUUGGCCAGGAGAUUACGGAGGUCCUAUGUUUCUAAUGCCUGGCUUGGUCAUUACUCUGUCUAUUACCGGGGCACUGAAUGCAGUUUUGUCCAAAGAACAUAAGCAUGAGAUGUGCCGUUAUCUUUACAAUCAUCAGAACAGAGAUGGUGGGUGGGGUUUACACAUUGAGGGUCCAAGCACCAUGUUUGGUACUGUCUUGAACUAUGUUACUAUGAGGUUGCUUGGUGAAGGGGCCAAUGAUGGAGAAGGGGCAAUGGAGAAAGGGCGUAAAUGGAUUCUGGACCAUGGUGGUGCCACUGCAAUAACAUCAUGGGGGAAAAUGUGGCUUUCGGUUCUUGGAGCAUUUGAAUGGUCUGGAAAUAAUCCCCUGCCUCCUGAGAUAUGGCUUUUCCCUUAUAUUCUCCCUAUCCAUCCAGGAAGGAUGUGGUGUCACUGCCGGAUGGUUUACCUGCCUAUGUCAUACUUAUAUGGGAAGAGGUUUGUUGGUCCAAUCACACCAACAGUACUGUCUUUGAGAAAGGAAAUCUUUACGGUACCUUAUCAUGAAAUAGAUUGGAAUCAAGCGCGCAACCUAUGUGCAAAGGAAGACCUGUACUAUCCACACCCCCUUGUACAAGACAUACUUUGGGCAUCUCUUGACAAGCUUUUGGAACCUAUUUUUAUGCGUUGGCCUGGGAAAAAGCUGAGAGAGAAGUCUCUUCGUACUGUGAUGGAGCAUAUACAUUAUGAAGAUGAGAAUACUCGUUAUAUAUGCAUAGGGCCUGUAAACAAGGUGUUGAAUAUGCUUUGCUGUUGGGUGGAAGAUCCAAACUCAGAGGCUUUCAAAUUACAUCUUCCAAGAAUCUUGGAUUUUCUGUGGCUUGCCGAAGAUGGCAUGAAAAUGCAGGGUUAUAAUGGAAGUCAAUUAUGGGACACUGCUUUUGCUGCUCAAGCAAUUAUCUCAACAAACCUUGUUGAAGAAUAUGGUCCAACUUUAAGAAAGGCACAUAUGUACAUAAAGAACUCACAGGUUUUAGAUGAUUGCCCAGGCAAUCUUGAUUUCUGGUACCGCCAUAUUUCGAAAGGUGCAUGGCCUUUCUCAACUAAUGAUCAUGGAUGGCCCAUUUCUGAUUGCACUGCAGAAGGACUGAAAGCCGUUCUUUUACUAUCAAAAUUGCCAUCAGAAAUUGUUGGUGAACCAUUAGACGCAAAACGGUUAUAUGAUAGUGUAAACGUUAUCCUUUCGUUACAGAAUCCCGAUGGUGGCUUUGCAACAUAUGAACUCACAAGAUCCUACAGUUGGUUGGAGUUAAUCAACCCUGCUGAAACUUUUGGCGACAUUGUUAUUGAUUACCCUUAUGUGGAAUGUACCUCAGCUGCAAUUCAGGCUUUGACAUCAUUUAAGAAAUUAUACCCUGGGCAUCGAAGAGAAGAAAUUGAACAUUGCAUUGAGAGAGCUGCUAUGUUUAUUGAAAAGAUACAAGCAACAGAUGGCUCAUGGUAUGGCUCUUGGGGAGUUUGCUUCACCUAUGGCACAUGGUUUGGGGUAAAAGGGUUGGUGGCUGCUGGAAAGAACUUCGAUAAUUGCCCUAGUGUCCGUAAGGCUUGUGAUUUUCUAUUGUCCAAGCAGCUUGUUUCUGGUGGUUGGGGAGAAAGCUAUCUUUCAUGUCAGAACAAGGUAUACACGAAUCUUGAGGGGAACAGGUCUCAUGUAGUAAAUACUGGAUGGGCUAUGCUUGCUCUAAUUGACGCUGGGCAGGCUGAGAGAGACCCUACACCAUUGCACCGUGCAGCGAGAUUAUUGAUAAAUUCUCAAAUGGAGAACGGAGAUUUUCCACAGGAGGAGAUCAUGGGUGUCUUCAACAAGAAUUGCAUGAUCACUUAUGCCGCAUACAGGAACAUUUUCCCAAUUUGGGCUUUGGGAGAAUAUUGUAGUCGGGUACUGCAGGCCUCUGGAAAAGUUGAAAAGUAGCCCUAAAUACCACCUUGUUUUUUAUAUACAUUUUUUAAAUUUUCCUGGUACUUGUUUAGUUUAGAACUUUGAAGAACUCAGUAAAUAGCAGCAGCUCCUUUUUUGUUUUUUUUUCUAAUUUUCUCUAGUAUUGCAGUCACGAAUACUACUAUUUGAGCAACGACUUCAGGCGA